AUGUCUUCCCAAGACCCACCUCACCACCCGCCAGCACAUCACGACCCGCCAGUCAUGUCCACCGUCGAGGCUUUUGCUGACCGGAAGCGAGUCGUAGAAGCCAAGUUCGGCCCAGGGGCGUGGCAAAAGAUAGAAAAAGUGCGACCGCACCGCUGCAACGGCCACAUCGAAGACUUCAUGGUCGCGUCCACCACGAUACCAUUCACCGACGCAGGGCGGACUUUCAAAUUGAUAUUUAGUUGUUUCUGGUCGCAGCCUGGGCAUGAACCAACGCGAAUCUACAAACAGCCGACUCCGUAUGGAGGCCAGUCGGGUUUGAAGCGGGGGAUGUGGUGGAAUGAUGAUCGGACGACGGAUGAGGAGAAGGAUAUUGCUGCCAAAGCUGCUUCUUGA